AUGGCACGCCUCGGUGGAACAAGGCUCGGCGCCUUUCGUGCAUACUUCUUUGGUUUCUUCGUCUGCACCGCCGGCUUCUUGUUUGGCUAUGACACAGGCAUUGUCGGGGGAAUCCUCACGUUUAAGGCGUACAAGGAUGACUUCCGAUACACCGACCAGACCACCGUCAAUGCGGUCAUGGUCAGCUUGCAAAACGCCGGCGCAUUUAUUGCGGCACUAUGUAUCUUCCCGGUCUCCGAGCGGUUCGGCCGCAAGAAGACUAUUCAGGUGGCCAUGGCCGUCUUCUGUGCCGGCGUCAUUCUCCAAGUCGUCCCGUCGCAUUCACUGGUCUGCUUCUAUAUCGGGCGAGUGAUCUCGGGACUGGGUCUUGGGGCGGGCACUGCAGUCGUGCCCACGUACAAUGCCGAGAUGGCUCCCAAGGAGAUUCGUGGUAGGCUGGGGUCCGGCAUGCAGUGGCUCUUUGCUCUCGGUGUCAUGCUGAGCUACUGGAUCGACUAUGCGGUCCUACAGACCCUACCUGUGUCGUCCAAGCAGUGGCAGAUCCCUGUUGGUCUGCAGUUGGUGCCGGCAGCGACCCUCGCUUUCGGUCUGUUCACACAGCCCGAGAGUGUGCGCUGGCUGGCCAAGAAGGAGCGCUAUGAUGAGGCCUGGCAGAGCCUCACCUGGAUGCGCGCCAGUGAUGGUCCCGAAGUCAAGGGCGAGUUCAAUGAAAUCCGUACCGGCCUCCUCGAAGAGCUCCGUGCCACGGACGGCCUUAAGAAGCGCGAGCUCCUCGAGCCUGCCAACCGCUACCGUCUGUCCCUCGCCUUCUUCAUCUUCUUGGGCCAGCAGUGCACGGGCAUGACGGCGCUGGCGUACUUUGGCCCACAAUUUUUCAAGCUGCUGGUCGGCAACGACCCCAGCCGGUCCCUGCUCAUUACAGGUCUCUUCGGUGCUGAGAAGUUCAUUACGGUCGGUACCUACAUUCUGUUCUUCUCGGAGAGGUGGGGACGGAGACCCACACUGUGGAUUUCAGCCCUGUUGAUGUCGGUCUGCUUCGUUAUCGUCACGGUGGUGAACAACACCACGCCGAAACCGCAGCAGGAGGUGACUUCUGCGGGCAUUGCGACGGUGGCCUUGAUUUUCCUCACCAACUCCAUCUACCAGUUCAGCUGGGGCCCGUUGCCGUGGCCGUAUACUACCGAGAUCUUCCCGUCCCGCAUUCGAGAAGUCGGCUCCUCGGUCGCCGUCGCCACACAGUGGCUCUUCAACUUCCUCUUCUCCCUGGUGACCCCCUACAUGCAGAAGUCCUGGGGCAGCUACACCUUCCUAUUCUACGCGGCGCUGGACGUCAUUAUGGCGAUUAUCGUCUGGUUCUUCGUCAAGGAGACCAAGGGCAAGAGUCUGGAGGAGAUGGAAACUAUCUUCCACAGCAAGGCUGCUUUUGAUGUUGAAGUUGCCAGGCAUGAAGGCGAGGAGAUCCCCGACAAUGUGUCUGCUCUGGAGGUCCACAACAAGGGUUCGAAAGGAUCGGACUCGUCGGAUAAGGGCAUUUAA